AUGAACUUAAGGAUCGAGAGGUUAUUGAAAUCAUAUGCCGAUUUAAAAAGGAAAGAAAUUGAGUUUCAAAUCGGAGAUAAAGUGUUCUUGAAAGUGUCUCCGUGGAAGAAAGUAUUGAGAUUUGGACGUAAAGGAAAAUUGAGUCCUCGGUUCAUUGGACCAUAUGAAAUCGUUAAGAGAGUAGGACCAGUGGCAUAUCAAUUGGCUUUGCUACCUGAAAUGGAGAAAAUCCAUAACGUCUUUCAUGUCUCCAUGCUGAGGAAAUAUCGAUCCGAUCCAUCUCAUAUUGUGACUACUGAAGAGAUCGAAGUUCAAUCAGAUUUGACUUAUGAGGAAGAACCUGUUCAAAUAUUGGCUCAUGAAGUCAAGCAAUUAAGGAACAAGACUAUUCCAUUAGUCAAAGUGUUAUGGAGAAAUCACAAGGUGGAAGAAGCUACGUGGGAACGCGAAGAGGACAUGAAGAUUCAAUAUCCCCAUCUC